CUUGGAAUGAAGACUGUUUCUUAACUAUUUACCUUGCCCUCCCUCGUCCACUGUUCACGCUCUGCUGUGUCAUCUCUCUCCAAGGUCUCCACUCUGGGUGCAAUCCACUUCCGCUCCGCUGCUAGCACUCCGGUCUUCCACAACCAUACCCCCUCUCGAAGUGAUUUGGACUAUCGGCCAGCAAAGCUGUGCGCGAUGGCAGUGGAGCAAGUAAGAAGAGGCGAGACUGAGCAGUCUCAGAUCUUUCGCGCUUAUGCUCCCAAGCGUGACCCCUCUGGCGAGCUGCUUCACAGAGUCGUUGUCGACAUACCGCUUCCAACGCACGAAGAUGCUCUAAGACUGGCCACGAUACUCUCCCCAGACAUGCCUCUCAAGCCCAGCGACGUCCAUCUCACCUUCGAGGUACGAUCCCAGAGUCCCAUCCUCAACCUCACCAUCCGAGCCCGAACCGUCCGACAAUUGCGCUUGGCCUGCAACUCGGCUCUUGAGGAUGCCAAGCUAGUCGUGGACACGAUGGCUGCUUUCGCUCCUGGAUCCGACACCGCAGCGUCCGAGACACGCGAGGAGGGCAAGUCAGAACCGGUGGGCAAGCGCAAAGAAGGAGGUCCCGAGGUGGAGCUGGGCAGUAUUGGAAGGGCUGGUUGAGACGCAUUGCAGCAUCUGUCCACCUCUCGAGUUGCCAUCACCAGACUACGCAGGCAUUCUACCGCUUCUCUGGCCGGAUACGAGCGCAGCAUCAUUGCAGCGCAUACAGGGGUUCACGUUCAGAUAGCACCGCAUCCACUCCUUCUGACAUCCCGCGGUGGAAAUGGGAAGAGCACCGCUCCGGGGCGCCAGAGAGCGGCUUCUGUUCGUGCGCUUCAGCUUCCACUUACGUCUGGCCCGCUGUCACAAGGAGCCAGCUCGCCGACGUCCGCUGCGCCUCAAGGUAUGACUUCCCGCACCGCCGAGAUCACGCCGGCGCUGACUCAGCAGUCUAGCCGCGCAUCAUUCGGAGAUCCCGCAUGCCGUUGUACGUCUCUGUACCGUGCCGACAUAGCACUGCACGCCCAACGCCGACAACCUUUCGAUGGCCGAC